CCGGCCCUCUCGAUUGUAAGUCGAGUGUGCUUACCACUACACUACGCGGUGUGUAAAAUUUUUUCCGUCUAACUCCGUCUUUCUUGCAGUGUGUGUGUGUGUGUGUAAUGUUGUUGUUGGUUGCCACCAGAGAGGGGUGACGCGGGCCUUUGAUGGCCUACAGUUGUGCCUUGGGAUGAGCAUUGAGCAUGCGCAGAUGGGCAACACGCCAGUAUUUUCGCAACUCAAGGAUUUCGCACAACACUGCAGAUGAAGGCUGUAGCCGCGGGCCAGAUGAGCACUACCAAGCAGAGUGGAGAGAGACAACUUGUGGAGUUUGAGAAGUGUCGUCUAAGUGGUGAAAUUGGUCGCAGCUUCUCUCACCUCUCACUGGCACUGCUCCUGUCUCCUCAUCUCAAACAGCAGUACUAUUCAACCUAUUUGGAAAUAUUUGAGAAAUGGAGUCAAAUGGUUGAAGAGAGUCAUGGUUUGUCACAAGUAAUGACUCUAUAUGAGGUUGCCCUGAAUCACUAUCCAGAGGCUCCUGAUCUGCACUACUUGCUGGCUGCCACACUUUACAGACAUGGCAGUGUACAUGAAGCAUGGAACCAUGCCUGCCUGGCUGAGACAAAGUGUCCCAGAGAUCCUUGUGCCCAGGACAUUCAGGGUAGACUGGCAAACUGCUUGGUGGACCGCUGGCACCUGCCCAUGCUCAAUGAUGCUGGCAGGAAUGCAGCCUUCAAAAUGGCUAUUACUGAGGCUGUAAGGGAAAACUACAACACAGUAUUGGACAUUGGUUGUGGUACAGGCCUACUCAGUAUUUAUGCUCUCUGGGCUGGAGCUAAAGAAGUGUAUGCCUGUGAGGAAGACACUUUCAUGAGUGAAAUGUGCUCCUCAGUGCUGCAGGUGAAUAGGAAUGCUACUGCCAUCCAGAUCUUGAAUAAACACAGCAAGGAUAUUCUUAUUCCUUCUGACGUUCCACGCAAAGUUUCCUUGGUUGUGAGUGAAACAGUGGAUGCUGGCUUGUUUGGAGAACAUAUUCUAUCAACUCUCCAACAUGCCUGGAAACACCUCCUUCUCCCUCCGCAAAAGUCAGAAAAUAAUAAAACUAUUGCAAGAGUCAUUCAGACACAACUUUUUCCUUGUGACACUGUCUCACAAGCAUCUGGUGAACAGACAUGCCAGCACUGGCCAAGAGAUGAUUUAAGAAGACAGGAAGAUGGUGCAUUAGACUCAGUGACUAAUGUAGAUCAUAUCAAUGUCACAAAAGAAAAAAAUGUAUCUAAAAAAUAUGGACGAGUAAUUCCUGCAAGAGCUGAAGCAUAUGCUGCCCUCAUCAGCUGUGGCUAUGUAGCCAACCAGACAAAGUAUUUAAAUUCUGAUAUUGAAUGCCUGAAAAAUAAGUAUGUAAAUGUUAGACUUGAAGAACCUUAUAUGUCUGAGAAAUUAACCUGUGUUCCUGGUGGCUUUAAACUUCUGUCUGAGUGGACUCAAGUAACCACUAUUGACUUUAACUGCCUAGAAGAUAUUACAAAUCACAUUACUGGAGAAGUUAGCAAAAUUAUUAAUCUCAAAUGCAUAGAAGAUGGGCCUGUAGAUGCUAUAGUUCUUGCAUUUGAUUUACAUUUAGAUGAAAAGAACUGUAUCAGAACAUUUCCAGACUCUCUGAUUCAAACAGUUUGGGAAAAUGCAGUGUAUCCUGUGGUCUAUCCACUUAGUGUUGCUUCUGAAGAGACUGUUUCACUUGACUUUCAGUGUUCUGGUGUCAUAAGACUGGCUGUGCAAAAUCCAACUUUUUCAUGUUCUGAUUAUAACUCUGUGAAUCUAAGCACAAAGGCACUUAGAUUUCUUAAUAGCAGGAGUUUUGUUGAUGCAUUUUUAUCAGCUGCACAUCAAGUAUUCUUCAAGGUUCAGCAGUGUAAAAACAAGAGCAAAAGUACAAAUAAUCAUCCCUUAAUUAUAUGUGACACAUUACCAUUUCCUGUAGCAGGAUUGUGCUUGCAGUCAUUUCAGCCAGACUCUCAGUUAUAUGUGGAAGAUGAAAACAUUCAGAAAGUGUUGGAAGAAUUAGGUAUUUAUGCUAAACUGUGUGAAGAAAUUCAAGAAGAGACUCUGGAUGUCUUGUUUACCUGGCCUAUAACACAAGAAGGCACACUCAUCGAUGGCAUUGUGGAAAAGUUCAAACAUAUAGGUAGAUUGUUGAUGGCAAAGGACAGCAUAGUGUUUCCACAAGAACUUGAACUUGUGAUGGACAUUGUCAAUUCCCAAGUGUUGGAAGCUAGUACCUGUGUUAGUGAUGACAACACCUGUGGGGUUGCUGUUGCCAGAGUCUUCAACAUGAUACAGACGAAACAUCACCUUGACGUGGCACUAAAGAGCUUGCCUCUCACCAGUAGCGUACUAACGCAAGCUGUGCCCAUGCUGAGGAUAUCCCUCGUCUCUGGCCAAACUGAAAUCCUAAGUAAGCCUCAAGAAUCUUCAGCACUUCAUGAUGCCUCUAGUGACUUGCUGGUGCUGGGGGGAAAGGUGGCUGAAGUGACGACUUGUCUUACAAUGACCCAAGACACUACACUCACCAGCUUACCUUACUGGUUCAAUGUAAGAGGCAGCAUUGAGAAGCCAUUUAUAGAUUCAGCUGCAGCAAUGGUACAUUCGGAGAAUGAUGUUCUACUAUCGACCCUAAGUGAAGACUCCCCUUGCAACCAAAGUGUGUUCAUGUUGAAAAAACCGCUAGAGGUGACGGCAGGAGAGAACGUGAUGCUGGGAGUACUGUGGCGAGAAGGAGUGUUUUCUGCCACACUAGAUCGCUGCCAUCAAUGUGAUGGUAGUGAAUGAUAAACUUUAUUUGUGACAGUUUUGACAUGUAAUAGCAAAAUCAGAGAGGAUGGCACUGUACACUUUUAUUUAUCUAGGCACUUAUCGACACGAUUAUUUAUUUUUUUUUUCUUUCUUUCUUCAGUAGAAUAUGUAACACCAGCUGAUAAACAUGAUGAGAUCCUGAUCGGAAUAUUCGUUGAAAUGUUAUUACUUAAUUGUUGCUAUGCGAAGUUUUACUUAACAUGAAUUGUUACUCAGUUGCAAAAUGUAUUGUUUAGUACACACAAUCAUUAGUGUACUCAAUAGCUGAUUACUUAGUUGUCACUAUGGUUUACCUAGUUGAGAGAGAGAGAGAGAGAGAGAGAGAGAGAGAGAGAGAGAAAAAUAAUAAAAUUAAU